GUAAGUGUAUCUCUAAAAAUGAACGUGAACCAAUAGAAGAUCCUUCCUUAUACAGAAAUGCAAUAGGUGGUCUGCAAUAUCUAGCACAUACAAGACCUGACAUAACCUUUGUAGUGAACAAAAUGAGCCAAUUUCUACAAACACCUUCAGAUUUACAUUGGAAGGCAGUGAAAAGGAUAUUCGAAUAUUUGAAAGGGACAACCGAACAAGGUAUAUGGAUCCAAAGAAGUGACAAUAUUGACAUUACUGGCUUUUCAGAUGCAGGCUGGGCAUCCUGCCCUGAUGAUAGGAGGUCAACAGUUGGUUAUUGUGUCUAUUUAGAAGAGACGUUGAUAGCAUGGUCUUCAAAGAAACAGCAAGUUGUGGCAAGGUCUAGCACAGAGUCUGAGUACAGAGCUUUGGCGCAAGCAACUGCUGAGAUCACUUGGAUUGAAUCCUCACUUAAGGAAAUUAAGUUACACUCUACUUCACCUCCUAUACUGCAGUGUGACAACUUUAGUGCAGUACCUUAG